CGAGUUCGUUUGCAAUGUUCUUCUAGAUGUCAUUCGCGUUGAUCCUUCAUUGAAAAUCAAGACAAUGGUGCAACUUGUGAAAGAGAAAUUUGAUGGAUUCCAAAUAACCUACAAGAGAGCAUGGCUAGCGAAACAAAAGGCAAUAAAACUCAUUUAUGGGGAUUGGGAGGGUUCAUAUGAACAGUUGCCUAAGUACAUGCAAGCUCUCAAGGAAUCAAAUCCUGGAACUGUUGUUGAGUGGAGGUUGUUAGAGUGUACGGUUCCUGGAACACAUGUUUUUCAACGAGUCUUUUGGGCAUUCAAGCCAUGUAUUGAUGGAUUCCGUCACUGCAGACCCCUUAUCACCAUUGAUGGCACUCAUUUAUAUGGCAAAUACAAAGGCACUCUACUCAUUGCCAUGGGAACGGAUGCCAAUUUUCAACUAUUCCCCCUUGCUUUUGCGGUUGUCGAAGGAGAGAACAAUGAUAGUUGGUCUUGGUUCAUGGCUUGUAUUCGUGCUCGAGUUACAGAUAGGAAAGGGCUAUGUGUGAUAUCUGACAGACAUGCUGGUAUUUUAGCAGCAAUGGAAGAAGUUGGAAGUGGUUGGGAGGAGCCCAAUGCCUACCACAAGUACUGUACACGACACUUGGCUUCUAAUGUGAACUCAAAAUUUAAAAGUGUCGUCAUAAAGAACCUCUUUGGCAAAGCAGCUACUGCAAGGCAGAAGAAGAAGUUUGAUUACUACAUCAACAAAAUUGGUGACUUGAAUGUAGAGGCCCGUAGGUACUUGAUGGAAAUUCCGUACAGUAAGUGGUCCAUUCAUCAUGAUGGUGGUUUCAGGUUUGGUGUGAAGACUACAAACAUGUCGGAAGUUUUCAACGGAGUCUUAAAGGGGGCUCGAUGUCUCCCGAUAACCGCUUUAGUGCAAAUGACCUUUUUCCGGGUUAACUCCUAUUUUGCAACUAGAAGAAGUUGGAGUAAAAGAAGACUUGAAGAGGGCCAUGAGUUAUCGGAAAAGGCUAAGAAGACAAUAGAAGCCAACAUGGAGAAAGCCACGCACCAUGAGGUUGUUGCUUUUGACUAUGAUGCCACCGGGUUGUAUCAGGUUAGGACCGGUCGUGGAAGAAGAAAAGCUGGUAAAGGUGGUAACUCCCACACUGUGAAUCUGUUGAGCAAGACAUGUACUUGUGAGAAAUUGAGAAUAUACAAGCUCCCAUGCUCUCAUGUACUAGCAGUUUGUCGUCAUAGAAGCCUAUCACAUGCAGACUUUGUGGAUUCUUUUUUCAUGACCGUCGAAUAUAGGCGUUCAUACGCGAAGUGUUUCACACCAGUUCCUGAUCCUUGCCACUGGUCAGCUUACAAUGGUCCUACUACUAUUGCCAACCCAGAUUUGAAAAGAGGCCCAGGCCGACGGUCCACUAGAAUUCGAAAUGAAAUGGAUGAGCGUCCCAAUCGUGUGAAGAAGGCAUGCAGUGUUUGUCGGCGACCUGGGCAUAACAAGAAGACAUGUCCUACUCUUAUUGGUGGAUUUGGAUCAUCUGGGUCCCAUGGAGCCGGUGAUUCGUCCAGGCCCAGUUGAUCCAUCUGUUCUACGCUUGCAGACUUCCCAUAGGAGCCACUAACAUUAAAACUACACUUAAAUGUAGGCACAUGCAUUUGCUGAUUUGCACGUCCAGCUAUCGGGAGCUACUGAGACCAUCUCCCACUUGCCACCAGAGACGGCUAUACCAUUUGCCAUACAGACGAUGCUGGGUUUUACAUCAUUUUGUGGCCAAACCUUGUCUAGGGUGGGGCAGUCACACCUUAUUCAGCAGCCUCGACCGUCCACGUCUUCAUCUUCUACUGUGCACACUAUGCCGAUCAGACCACCACCUCAUUGUGGAGGCCAUUCAGCACGUGCCUUCCGUCCACCGACUCCUUCUCAGCAUACUAUCAUGACAUCUCCUCCACUAGUGCAUCGCCAGUAUCAGAGAAACCGACGGCGUAGCAACACUACGUCUGGGGUUGGAGUUGGCCUGGAUGACAUUCCAGAGGAGACAGCUGCAUCAUCUUCAUCGUCACCUCAUGGGAAGAAGCAACGCCCGAGCUAAGUGUAUAUUUUGGAACUAAACUAAUUUUUUUGUAAAUGCUUAGAAUUGGAUUUUGUUAUAUUUAAUCAAUUGAAAAAUAUUCGACUUUGCAA